AUGGAGGACGGCCGGCGGCUGCAUGCGGUGGUGCCAUCGGCGCCGACACGCCCGCGGAACACGCCACCGACGACGCCGACGCCACCGCCCAAACGCCUCUCGCGCAUCCUCAACCUGCACGACAUGAAGAAGGCGCAACAGCCGGCCGUCGACACGCCCGAGAAGGCGCAACUCGCCGAGCGCAUCUACGCCAAGGGCGUCAAGCGCUCGCUUCAGCACACAGCCAUGUACCCGUCUAAAGCUACGUCCAACGCGGCCAAGAUGGGGCCGUUCGUUGCGACGCCCCUCGUGAAUCGCCCUGCGGCGGAGAAAGUGCUGGUGCCCCGGCGGCCGGCUCCAGCCUCACCGACAACCAUGCCACCAGUGCAGCUCGGCUUUCAACCUUCGAAAUGCACAUCACCUCGUGUUGCCGACACUGUAAGCCGCGUUGCCGCGCCACCGCUGAGUACGCGCGACGCCUUCUAUUUGAGCCAACGACCACCGGCAACGCCAAAAAAGCCUGCGCCGGCUGUGCCUACCGUGACGCCACCCGCGGUGGUUGUCGAGCAUCGACCAACGCGUGCGACGCUGCUUCACAAGUCAACGCACUUGCAAACUCUCACGGAACAGGUCGAAGCAAGCAUUUCGGAGCCAGAUGGUGUGCCAGUGGAUGCUUUCUUGUACUUGCGGAGCGCCGAAGACGACCCGUAUGAGCUGCGCGCGGUCGACCACGACAGUAUCGACAGCGGCAGCUACUACACGAUGAGUCGGACUGGUAUUACGCACUUUACGGGUCACGGGCAGCCCGAAUUCACGCGGCUCGAGGCGUUUGAGCGCGAGCACUACAUGUUUACGCUCGUACGCCAAAUCCCAUUCUUCCUAAAGUACCGCGUCUGGAAGCAGUUCCGGCGCUGGAAGUCCAACGUCCGCGCCGUCAAGACACGCGCCGCCACCUACAUGCUGCAGCACGAGCUCUUUGUGCUGCGUCCGACGUUGCAUUCGGCGCUCAUGGAGCUCCGAGCGCAGUGCUACAACCUUAGUCUUCUCCGCAUCUUUGGCAUCGAUGCGACCAAGACGUAUACGCUGAGCGACUUUACCGAGACGCAGCAGGCGCAGAUCGUGGCCACCGACAACGCGAUUGGCGCCAUGGUUCGCGACGUCCUGGCGACAACGCAGGCCACGUGCAACGCCUUCCUUCGCGCCUUUCUGCUCGAAAACGGCUUUACCACGCGAGACGAGCUGCCUGACGACGUCAGUCGCAUUUUGUGCCAGCUCGCGUCGCCACCCGGCGCCGACGACGAUGAGAACGCGGCGAGAAACGAAGCGAGUCGGCGGUCCGUGACGUGGGCCAACGGCCGCGUCGUGACGUUCACCGAGCGCGCGGCGAUGCGCACGCAGUGCCGCAGCGUUGCCAAGCUCAUUCGACUAGUCGAGUUUUUUGUCGUCGACUCCCUCCUCCUCCUCGGGCUAUGCAGCACGCACGAGCUGCUCACAGAGAUGCAGCACAUUGUGCAGGCCGUGUCGGACGUGGCGCCGCCGCCCAAACCGAUUGGCGGAAAACUGCUUUUGAAGCCGCCGCCUCCGAUCGCACCGCUCUUCCGCGUCGAGGUGCGCUUGCACUUGACGACACUCCACGACGGCAGCGUGCGGUCGCAGCUGCUCUUCGACCCGAGCUGCGAGGAGCUGCGUGCUGAGCUCGAAGGCAUCGUCAGUGCCGGUCUCCGGGCCGCGACGUCGAGGCCACGGCUCAUGGCCGAUGCAGGCUUCGGCCCUUACGUGCAGUCGACGCUAGACGACGAUGUUGGCGAGCUCAGCCCUGGCUUGAACCUCGAUAUGAUGGUGAUGGAGGACGCUGCGUUCCAGGACCUCCUUGCCCGCAUCUCGGGCGUCGUCACGGGAGCGUUCGAUGCACUCGCCGUCUUCGCCAAGGGCCUCGCGCGCUUUGAGGCGCAGUACAUUGCCAACCUCGCGUUCAUCAAGGUCGCGGGCGACGUCGAGCACCCGAUCAACCUUGGCCGGUCGAUUGACGACCUGCGCCACCAAUUGGUCGCCUACUCGACGCAGAUAACGCAGUUUGAGGCGCUGCCCGACACAACGACCGUCGGUCUGCUUCUCGCCGACUGCAAGGACCUCAACGACCUUCUCAAGCCAAGCCCGCGGGCAUGCAUGCACUGCUUGCACACGCUCAUUCCGCGCAUCGCGCAGUUCAAGAACGAGGAGCUGCUGACUGAAGUCUCGCGCGCCAACGACGCGAUUGCUUCGAUCCCGACGACGGUCGACGAGUACGCGGCCGCGCUUGUAGCGCUGCGUGCGACGGAGGCGCGCAUGGCCGACCUGGACGAUCGCUACAUGUUUCUCAAGCAGCUCUAUGCGCUCACGGACGAAUUCAAGAUCCCAGUGUCGGACAUCGAUGCAACCAACGCGUUCAUGCUGGCGCAGAAGCGCGCGCAGCUCAAGACGUCAAUGGAUCUGUUGGAGAGCGGGUCGGACGCGUACACGGACAAGUUUUCCAAGGAGCUCGACAAGAAGAUUUUGAAACUCAAUACGCUCGUCCACGAACGACGGGAUGAGCUCCAUAAUGCAGCACUGGUGGCCGUCGGCAGCGACGCCGCAGAGAUCCUAACUCAGUUGCGAGGCAUCGACGGCCGGCUGCAAGAGUUGGAGGCGAUCGGCGUCAAGUACAUUGAGUUUCAGACAGUGCUUGGGCUCGCACAAAGCUCGUUUCAAGACAUUGACGAGCUGCGCGUGGACCUCGAGGUCAAAAAACUGCUCUGGACGACGGUCCAGGCGUGGGCGGCGGCGUCCGAAACGUGCAGAGACACCCUCUUGUCGGAUGUCGACGUUGCAGAGGUCGACGAGCGCGUGAAUUGUUUCUACAAGACGACGCUUGUCUGCGAGCGCGGCCUCCCGGGCAACGCCGUCGUGCGGCAGCUGCGCGAGACGGUCGAGGCGUUCAAGGACGCGCUUCCAAUCGUCGCCGACCUUCGCUGUCUCCACUUGCGUCCCCGGCACUGGGCGGCGAUCAGCGCGGUCUUGCAGUUCGACGUGCUCGCAGAUCCGUCGUUGACGCUCGGGCGAUUUGUGAGCCUGCACUUGCACGCGAGCGCUCCGGCCGUCAACCGCAUCGCGAUCGAGGCGACGCAGGAGGCGACGUUGGAGGCGACGCUCGCGCGCAUCAACCGGCUCUGGGCCGAGCUUUCGUUCGACGUCAAGUGCCACAACGACCGUCGCGACGUGUUUGUGCUCGGGCCCACGGACGACGUUGCGAGCGCGCUCGAAGAAAGUCUCGUCUCGAUGAGCACCGUUCUCGCGUCGCGCUUCGUCGAGCCUGUGCGCGACGAAGCGCUGGCCUUGCACCGCCGAUUGCUGCUCUUCCAAGAGACGCUCGAUGAAUGGCUGACGUGCCAGCGAGAGUGGAUCUACCUCGAGUCGAUCUUUAUGGCGCCCGACAUCCAGCGCCAGUUGCCGCAAGAGGCGCAGGCGUUUGGCACGAUCAACACGUUUUGGAAGGAGCUCUUGUUGCGCGCGCACGAGACGCCACUGUGCAUGAAGGCGACUGCGCAACCUGGGCUCCUCGAAACGCUUGUCAAGCACAACGCGUCCCUCGAGAAGCUGCGCAAGUCCCUGGAAGACUACCUCGAGACGAAGCGCAUGGCGUUUCCGCGCUUUUACUUUCUCGCGAACGACGAGCUGCUCGAGAUUCUGGCGCACACGAAAGAGCCGCUGGCGGUGCAGCCGCACUUGUGCAAGCUCUUCGACGGCAUCGUGCGCCUCGAGUUUGGCGAGGCCCACGGCUCGAUCGACAUUCUCGCCAUGCACUCGGCCGAGGGCGAGCGCGUGCCGUUCGGCCGCAACCUCAAGGCCCGCGGCAACGUCGAGGACUGGCUCGCCGCCGUGCAAGCCAAUAUGAAGCUGACGCUGCACCGCACGCUCAAAGUGUGCGUGGGAGACUAUGACCACGGCCAGCGGGACUCGUGGCUGCUGCACCACCCCGCGCAAUGUGUCGCCAGCGUCACCUACAUGGUCUGGGCGCGCGAGUGCGAGGCGGCGCUGCCCGUGCCCGGCGGUGUCGACAAGUACCGGCAACUCGUGCUCGUGCAGCUGACCGGCCUCACGCGCCUCAUUCGAUCGUCGCUGACGCGGCUCCAGCGGUGCGUCGUCACGUCGCUCGUCACGACGGACGUGCACGCACGAGACAUUUUGAGCGACCUCGUUGCGCUUAACGUCACAUCGACCCACGACUUUAACUGGAAAAAGCAGCUGCGGUACGGCUGGAACGCCGACGUCGACGACAUGACGAUCACGCAGUCGAACGUGCGCAUUCGCUACGGCUACGAGUACAUGGGAGCUUGCGCUCGCCUUGUCAUUACGCCGCUGACAGACCGUUGCUGGAUGACCAUCACAGGCGCGUACGACCUCAAGCUCGGUGCUGCACCGUCGGGCCCGGCCGGCACUGGCAAGACCGAGACGUCGAAAGACCUCGCGAAAGCACUCGCGAUCCAGUGCAUUGUCUUCAACUGCUCGGACCAGAUCGACUACAAGACGAUGGCCAAGCUCUUUUGUGGCCUCGCCCAGUGCGGGUGCUGGUCCUGCCUCGACGAGUUCAACCGCAUCGACAUUGAGGUGCUCUCUGUUAUCGCACAGCAGCUCACGCUCCUGCGCCGCGGUCGCUUGGUCGGCGCCGCCGACAUCUCAUUCGAAGGUCGCGUGAUCACGCUGCGGGACCAUCACGUCAUUGUAACUAUGAACCCUGGCUAUGCUGGUCGUACUGAGUUGCCCGAUAAUCUCAAGAUUUGCUUUCGGCCAGUCUCGAUGAUGGUGCCCGAUUACGCACUCAUCGCCGAGAUCAUGCUCGUCGGCGAAGGCUUUGACGACGCGAGAGGCCUCUCGCACAAGAUCACCAAGCUCUACAAGCUUUGCAGCGAGCAGCUGAGCCAGCAGCCGCACUACGACUUUGGCAUGCGCGCGGUCAAGACCGUGCUUCUCAUGGCGGGCAUUUUCAAGCGGCAAUCCACCACAGCAUCAAGCAGCUGCGAAGAUGCCGUGAUUCUAAGGGCGCUGCGCGACGCCAACACGCCCAAGUUUACUACCAACGACCUCCGGCUCUUUGGCGCGAUAUUGCGCGACCUCUUCCCACUCAUGCACGUGCCCGAGUCGCUCUCGACGGCACUGGAGGACGCGGUCGUGACGCAGACGCGGCUGCUCGGGCUUCAGGAAGUGGCCGCUCUCACGCGAAAGACGAUCGAGCUCUUCGACAUGCUGCAAGUGCGCGUCGGUAUCGCGCUCACGGGGGAGACCUGUAGUGGCAAGACGACGAGCUACGAUCUGCUGCGCCGGUCCAUGGGCGACCUCCGCGACAACGCCGACAGCAGCGACAAGCGCUACCAGCGCGUCGUGCUCACGGUGAUGAACCCCAAGUGCGUGAGCUUGGGCGAGCUCUACGGCAGCUUCCACCCUAUCACACGCGAAUGGAAGGAUGGACUCGCGUCUGCGCUGCUCCGUGGUAUCAUUGCGGAUGCUAAGGCGUCUUUACCGUGGCUCGUCUUUGACGGGCCCAUCGAUGCAUCCUGGAUCGAGAACCUCAACACCGUCCUCGACGACAACAUGACGCUGUGCUUGGCGAGUGGCGAGCGCAUCCGGCUCCUUCCUCAUAUUCGCCUGCUUUUUGAAGUGGGUGACCUCGCGUCGGCGUCGCCAGCCAGCGUCUCGCGCCUCGGCGUCGUGUACUUUGCGCCCAUGACGCUCGGGUGGCGGCCGUUCGUUGAGUCGUGGCUCAACGAAACCCUCGGGUCCGACGUCGACCCCAAGUACGUGUCGCACAAGCUCCGAAGUCGCGUGAGCAAGGCGCUCGAGGUGUUCUUCGAGGCGCUGACCUGCGUCGUGCAUGCGUGCGAAAUGAUAUCGCUGCUCCUCGCGAAGCAGAGCCGGUGGUUUCCCACAGCGACCGCCGAGAAGCAAGCCAAGUGCUUGGAUCUCCUCGUCGUCUUUGCAGUUCAGUGGGCGUUCGGCGCCAACUUGCACGAAGACGAUGCGCCGGCCUUCAACGACCAGCUGCUGGGCAUCCUCAGCCAACAUCCAAGUCACUGCAACGGCACCGGCGCUCUGCGCACAGCGGCCGUGCUCUCGGAGUUUUGUAUCGACUUUGCGGACCUUGGGUGGAGCCAUUGGGAGAACCACGUGCCGUCCUUCAAGUACGCGAUGCACGCGCCGAUUUUCAACCUGCUCGUGCCGACAGUCGACGUCACCAAGACGUCCUACCUCCUCUCGCUCCUGAUUGGCGGUAUGAAGCCUAUGCUACUGGCAGGCGAGACGGGCGGUGGUAAGACCCUCAUUGCACACGCCGUCAUCGACGCCCUCGCCACGCAUGGCGACGACGCGGGCAUCGGCGUCGUCCCCCUCUACAUGCACUUUUCGGCGCAGACGUCGAGCGCUGUGACCCAAGCCACGAUCGAAGCCAAGCUCGUCAAGAAGCGCAAAACGCUUCUCGGUGCGCCCGUCGGUCACAAGAUCGUGCUCUUUGUCGACGACAUCAACCUUCCAGCGGCGGACGCGCACGGGUCGCAGCCGUGCCUCGAACUUCUUCGCCAGCUCCUGACGCACAACGGCGUUUACGACCGCGACAAGUACUUUUGGAAGGAGAUUGCCGACACGGUGCUCGUCGCCGCCGGUGGCCCACCCGGCGGUGGACGUCACAGCAUGUCGCCGCGGCUGCUGCGGCACUUUACGAUCGUGGCGCUACCCGUGGGGCGCGACGCUGCGAUGCGAACGAUUUUCCACUCGAUUGUGCUGGGACACGCAACGUCUCUCGCGUUUCCUCCGCCGCUGCGGGACACCGUGCUCCAGACCGUCGACGCGACUCUCAGGCUGUACGCGUCGGUAACGGAGGCGCUGCGGCCGACGCCAGCCAAGUGCCACUACGUGUUCAACCUCCGCGACGUGGCCAAGGUGUUUGCCGGCAUCCUCCACACGCGGUCGGCGUGGACGACUGAGAGUAUCGUCAAGCUCUGGCUGCACGAAAGCUUGCGGGUCUUCUACGACCGGCUCGUGAACGUCACGGACCGGCACUGGCUGACGACGACGCUCAUUUCGCUCCUCAACAAGUGCUUUCGCGUCAAUUGGACCCACGACCAAAUCUUUGGCUCGGACGAUGUGAUUCCCGUGCUCUUUGGCUGCUACGGGUCGGGUGCAAUCAAGGGCUACGAAGAGAUCACCGACAUGAGCUCCCUCGAAGCCCUCUUGUCGUCGUACGUGGCCGAUUACAACACAUUUCGGACGCCAACCUUGCAGCUCGUCUUCUUCCGCGACACGAUUCUCCACGUCUCGUUCCUCGCGCGCGUCCUCCUCCAGCCGCGCGGCCACGCGAUGCUCGUUGGCGUCGGCGGUUCUGGAAAACGCUCGCUUGCGCGUCUCGCAGCCUCCAUGAUGGACAUGGCCUGUGUCGAGAUCGCAAUGGGCCGGUCGUACGGUCGCAGCGAGUUUCGGGACGACCUCAAGAAGCUCUUGGUCGCGGCCGGCGCGAAAGGCAAAGAGACGGUUCUCCUCUUGCACGAGUCGCACCUGCAGUGCGACGAGUUUGUCGAGGACGUCAACUCGCUCUUGAAUGCUGGCGAAAUUCCACACUUGUUCACGCACGAAGAAGCCGACGCGAUCCAAGCCGACAUGAAGUCGGCGGUCGCGGACGCCGGCCUGGAAGAUACUCGGGCCAACGCCGAGAGCCUCUUUCUGCAGCGCGUCCGGAGCCUUCUGCACGUUGUCGUGUGCUUCUCGCCCGUCGGCCACGGGCUCCGCCUCCGGUGCCGGCAGUUUCCGUCGCUUCUCAACUGCACAACCAUCGACUGGUACGAUGCGUGGCCGGCGUCUGCCCUCGUGGUUGUCGCCGAGAGCUACCUUGGCGACGUGGAGCUCGCAUCCGAGGCGGCGCGGACCGGCCUCGUCGCGAUGUUUGCGCACGUGCACGAGACGCUUAAGGAGGCCGCCGCGCAGUUUCUCGCAACAUGUCAGCGCCACGUGUACAUCACUCCCAAGGCGUACCUCGACGCGAUCCGCCUCUACCUGCGCAUGCUCGCGGAGAAGCGGUGGCAGGCCAAAGAGGCCUAUGACCGUCUCUCGGCCGGCGUCGUCAAGCUCGAAGACACGAACGAGCUUGUUGCGCGCCUCCAAGUCGAGCUCACAAAUCUCCAGCCCAUUCUCGCCGCCAAGGCCCUCGAAGCUGAGGCGCUUCUGAAGCAAGUCGCGAUUGACCAGGCGGAGGCCGCCAUCGUCGAGCAACGGGUGAGCCACGACGAGUCGAUAGUCAAAGCGCAAGCCGCCGACGUCGCCGAGUGCCAAGCCGACGCUCUGCGGGAUCUCGAGACCGCGAUGCCAGCACUCAACGCUGCUGUCCAGGCGCUCGACUCGCUCGACAAGAAGGACAUUACCGAAGUCAAGAGCUUCACCAAGCCACCGCAAGCAGUCCAGGUCGUCAUGGAGGCCGUGUGCAUCAUGCUGGGCGAGAAACCGGAUUGGGACACGAGCAAGCGUGUGCUCUCCAAGCCGUCGUUCAUGGCCGAGCUCAAGGACUUUGAGAAGGACAACAUUCCGCCCAAGACGCUCCUCCGCCUCAAAAAGUACAUUGAGAACCCCGAGUUUGCGGUCGACGAGGUCAAGAAAGUGUCGCGCGCCGCCAUGUCGCUCUGCAUGUGGAUCCACGCCAUGGACAUGUACGCGCGCGUGAGCAAGGACGUCGCGCCCAAGAAGGAGCGGCUUGCCGUCAUGAACGCGACGCUGGCCGACGCCAACGCCAAACUCAACGCCAAGCAGACCGAGCUUGCUCAGGUCAUGGCGCGCGUGCGUGGCCUCCAGGCGCAGUGCGACGGCGUCGUCGCCGAGAAGAAGCGCCUCGCGGACGAAGCUGAGCUGACUCGCGCACGCCUCUCCCGGGCCGAGAAGCUCACGGUCGGGCUUGCCGACGAGCUCGUGCGCUGGAAAGCUAGUCUCGAGGUCAUGGCCGCCGACAAAGUGAAUUUGGUCGGCGACGUCUUCUUGUCGGCAGCGUGCAUUGCGUACUUGGGGCCGUUCGACGGCACGUUUCGGCUCAGCCUUCAGCGUCUCUGGCACGACGCGAUGGCUGGCGCGCAGCUUCCGACAAGUGCACUCACGUCGCUCCUCGCUACGUGCUCGGACCCGUCGCAGUUGCGCGAGUGGCAACUCAACGGUCUCCCCACGGAUGUGACUUCGGGCGAGAAUGCAGUCAUGGUCUUCCGCAGCGAGCGCUGGCCGCUAUUGAUUGACCCGCAGCAGCAGGCGCGGCAGUGGCUCUUCAAGACGGAGGGUGCGUUCGGUCUCCAUGUCAUCAAGCUGCACGAUAAGGGCCUUCUGAGCGCCGUCGAGGACUGUGUUCGGGACGGAAGUCCGCUUUUGCUGGACGACGUGGGCGAGACGCUGGACGCGGCGCUCGACCCACUGCUCUUGAAAGCGCUGACCAAGCACAGCGGCAAGUACGUGCUGCGGGUAAACGACCACGACGUCGUGUACGACCGCAACUUUCGUCUCUACCUCUUGACCAAGCUGCCAAAUCCGCACUUUUUGCCUGACGUGUGCAUCAAAGUGAACGUGAUCAACUUUACCGUGACGAAAGAAGGGCUCCAGGAUCAGCUGCUCGGAGACGUGGUGCGGAAGGAGCAGCCCGAGAUUGAAGCCAAGAUGAAUGCGCUCCUGGCUUCGAUUGCGACCGAUCAAAAGCUCUUGAAAGCCAUCGAGUCGAAGAUUCUGAGUCUCCUCUCGACGUCGCAGGGCAACAUCCUCGACGACCAGGUUCUAAUUACCACCCUCGGCGAGUCCAAGAAGACCGCUACCGUCGUCUCGGAGCGUCUUGCCGAGUCCGAAGUCACGCGCGCCGCGAUUGCCGACGUUCGCAACCAGUACAUCUCGGUCGCGGUCCGAGGCUCGUUGCUCUACUUUGUCUUGGCCGACUUGGCGACCAUGGACCCCAUGUACCAGUACUCGCUCGCGUACUUUAAGCGCCUCUUCAACCAAAGCAUGGACGAAAGUCCCAAAAGCUCGACGCAGGAGCUGCGGCUUGCGGCGCUCGUCGACGGGCAGACGCGAACUGUCUUUGCCAACGUGUCAAGGGGGCUGUUUCAGGACCACAAGCUGCUCUUCUCGCUUCUCAUGGCGCUGCGCAUCCUCAGUGAUGCUGGCCAGAUCACGCCGGCGGAACUCCCGCUACUCUACCGCCCACGGCCUACAGUGUCCGCUACAGAGCCAACGCCGUUGCCACUCAAGGCCUACGAAGCGCUGCUGGCACUGAGCAGCGCUCUUCCUCUCUUUGCAGCACUUACGGACUCGGUGGCUGCGGCAUCGGGCGCGUGGCAAUCGUGGCUCUCGAGCGAGGACCCGUAUACCAGCACGCUCCCCGAGGGCUUUGAGAGCCUUUUGUCUCCGUUCCUCAAGCUCGUGCUUUCGAGCGCGUUGCGACCGGAGAAAGGCGUGCAAAGUGCGCGUGGCUUCGUAUCUGCGACCUUGGGGUCCACGUUUACGACGCCACAGGCCUUUGCCAUGACAGACGUGUUCCCGGCGCUCGACAAGAACGUUCCGUGUGUAUUUAUCUUGUCGUCGGGGGCCGACCCAACCGCCAUUUUGCACCGUUUUGCGGCCGACCUUGGGCUCGACGACCGCCUGCACGUCGUGUCGCUUGGGCAAGGCCAAGGCCCGCUGGCGACGGCACUCAUCCAGCGGUGCGCUGCGUCGGGGGACUGGGCGCUCAUCCAAAACUGCCACCUCGCCAAGUCGUGGAUGCCGACGCUCGAGAAGCUUCUUUUGCAGCUGCGCGCUGACGCUGGCGACGUCCAUGACGACUUUCGUCUCUUCUUGACGUCGUUUCCGGCGCCGUACUUUCCCGUGUCGAUCCUCCAGUCGUCGGUCAAAGUGACCAACGAACCGCCACGAGGACUAAAGCCCAACCUUCGGCGGUCGUUUGACAUGCUCAUCUCGGACGACUUGCUCCGCUCCAUGUCGUCCACGGAGCGCCACUUGGUCUUCGGUCUCGCCUUCUUUCACGCUGUCGUGCAGGAGCGAGCAAAGUUUGGGCCCAUGGGCUGGAGCACGCGCUAUCAGUUCAACGACUCGGACUUGGAGACGUCGAUUGCGCUUCUCCGGGCGCUCGUCAGCGAUGGAAGGAAAGCACCCGAGGCGCUGCCGUGGGACGCGCUGCAGUGCGUGACCGGCGACAUCAUCUACGGUGGCCGCAUCACGGACGAGUUGGACCGGCGCUGUCUUCUUGCGACGCUUCGGAGGUUUCUUUGCGUCUCGACAUUCACGCAGCCCUUCACGGACGACGCGCCUCGGUACGCGACGCCGACGGCCUCGUCCGUCGCCGAGUUUCAGGCGUUCAUCGAGGGCCUUCCGAGUCACGACCCUCCGGCGAUUUUUGGGUUGCAUCCAAACGCUACCGUCGUGGUUGAGACGCAAGCGACGCAGGCACUGCUGGGCAUGGUCUUGCAGCUGCAAGCGCACGGAUCUGCCGAUGCCAGUGGCGCCAACUCGGACGACGACGACGCUACCGUGCUCGCAUCGGUGGCGCAGAUACAGGCGACGCUUCCGCCGCUUCUGGACAUCACCACGGCAGUUGCAGGACUGUUUGAUGAGCACGAUGGCCAGCUCGACUCACUUGCGACGGUGCUUGGCCAAGAAAUCAUCAAGUUCAACCGGUUGCUGCAAACGAUUUCAAACUCUGUAUCCAUGGUCCAGCUCGCUGUGCUCGGUCUUGCAGCUCUCUCGGCGGCGUCGGACGCGGCAUACAAAAGUCUUCUCUUGCGGCAGGUGCCCCACGAGUGGGCCAAAGUCGGCUUCGCGUCGCUAAAGCCCGUGGGUGCGUACUUGGACGACCUCAACAGCCGCGUGCGCUUCAUGGCCGACUGGCUUCGACUCGGAAAUCCAUCAACGUUUCCUCUGCCCGUCUUCUUCUUUCCGCAAGGCUUCCUCACCGGUGUGCUCCAGAACCACGCUCGAAGGCAUGCACUCCCCAUCAACCUCCUCGAGUUUGCCUUUGCCGUCCUCCGCGACGACGACGAGGAUGACGCAAUGGCCGCCGACGGUGUCAUUGUCACGGGGUUGUACAUGGAGGGCGGGCGGUGGGUGGAUGGGCGCCUCACCGACGCAGCGCCGGGCGAGCUCUACGCGGUGAUGCCACGCAUUCGAUUUGUGCCGCAGCUGUCACCAACAGAAGCGCCACAAGGGUACGCGUGCCCGGUGUACAAGACAUCGGCUCGCCGGGGCACACUGUCAACGACGGGAAUUUCAACCAACUUUGUCGUGAGUGUGCUCCUGCCGUGCAAGCUGGACCCGGGGCACUGGGUGCUGCAUGGCACCGCGCUUCUGUGCAAUUUAGACAGCUAG